AUGUCUCGACUAACUUUUGUGGAUAAUUUUAUAUAUCCUUUUUAAGUAGCAUAAUUAAUUCAAUAUUAAUAUCCCUAGAGAAUAAACAAUCCUCUAUACCAUUAAACACAAAAUAUUAUAGUUAUUUUACUUAAUUUUCUUUAACUUAUUGUUAGCCAGAAAAAUUGUUUGAGUAAAUAUUUGAAAGAUAUAUUAUCAUUGCUUUUAUAAAAUCUUCGUAAAAUUAACUACAUCUAACAUCAUCAAUGUCACAUUUUAUUAAGUUAAAGCUUAAAUUUAAAUUCAUACUUUAUAAUUCUUAAAUUCCCUUCUCUACAUCAACUUCUUCAAUUUCAAAACCAAAAAACUCAGCAUCAUUUUCUCCAUUAUAUAAAAUACCUGCUGAGUGAUUAUUUCUCUCACUUUCAGAAAAAUGGUCUGAGAACAUAGAAUAAACUUUACGAAGUUGUUAGUCUUCAUUUUCUAUUGGUUUUGAAAUUUGAUUUAUAUUAUUAUUUAUGCAAAUUUAUUGCUCAUCUUUCUUGCUUCUUUAGCUUGUUGGUAUUUUGA